AUGAUGGGAAAAGGCUCCUCCAAGACCAGCACCAAGGUGCUCCCGCUCAUCCCGCUCGCGCCGCCGCUCGCCGUCCUCCCGGGCACAACCCUCAAGAUCCCCAUCACCAACCGCUCCGAUGUCGCCGCCAUCCUCGCCAAGAUAUACAGCAUUAGCCCUACCGCGAAGCCCGACGCGGCUAUCACGGUCGCCUGCGUGCCGCUGAAGUCCAACACGCUGGGCCCGGACGGCCAGCUGCUGAUCGACGAUGGCCAUCAGGGGGACAAGACGGCGUUUGAGAGCGAUCCCAUGCAGGCGACGAAGAAAGACAUCUAUGGCUAUGCUUGCAUCGCCAAGGUCAGCGGUGUCCAAGGACGGCGGCAGGGCGAUCUGAGCCUGGUGGUCGAGGGCCUGGAGAGGGUGCAGGUCGUCGAUGUCGUCCAGGAGAGGCCGUACUUUGAGGGAGAGCUUAUGGCCGUCGACGAGUACAUCGACAUCGCGAGUGCAGACCUCCUGAACCAGUUCAACCUCCUCAAGCAGCUGUCGCGCGAGCUGCUCGCCCUCGUCCGCCUCUCCGCCAUUCUACCGCGCACGCCACAAGUCACCCUCUCGCCCAUUGUCGCGCGGAGACUCGAGAUGUACAUCACAAGGAAAGACCUGUCAGAGGCUGGCGCGCUGGCCGACUUCAUGGCCAACGUGGUGGAAAGUACACACGAGGAGACGCUGCGCGUUCUGGCAGCGGUAGACGUCAAGGAGAGAGUGGACAGGGUCAUCGAGAUCCUCCAGCGCCAGAUCGGCAGCAUCCAAGGCAACACACGCAUGACUGUCACGACAACACAGACGCAGGGCGGCAGCUUGGACAUGGAGACACUGCGACGACUGCAGCAGGAAGCCCUGACAAGAAGAGGAAAGAUGGGUGGCGGUCUCCCAGCCGGAUUUCCUGGAGGCUUCCCAGGCGGUGGGCAGCAACAGGCCGGUGAAGAAGAGCCCAACGAGAUUGACGAGCUGAAGAAGAGGCUCCAAGAUGCCAAGUUGUCUCCAGAUGCUGACAAGGCGGCUCAGCGCGAGCUGUCGAGGCUGCAGAAGAUGAACCCCGCCCAAGCAGAAUACCAGGUCUGCAGGAACUACCUCGAGAACCUCGCCGAAAUCCCUUGGACCAAAACGACAGUCGAUCAACUCGAUGCCACUACACUGGUCAGGGCAAAGAAGCAGCUCGACGGCGAUCACUAUGGUCUUGAGAAGAUCAAGAAGAGACUACUUGAGUAUCUGGCAGUGCUCAAGCUCAAGGAGCAGGCAAACAGGACCAUCGACGAUCAGAUCCGCGCUCUCGCCGAUACACCAGAGGGAGAUGACGAGGCCAAGGAACAAGACCCCGAAGACAAGGUUGCAAAGGAACCAUCCGAGGCUGAGCUGCGGCUGUUGGAGAAGAAGCGCAUGGUCGACAAGUCGCCAAUCCUGCUGCUCGUCGGGCCGCCAGGAACAGGAAAGACUUCGUUGGCCAAGUCAGUUGCUACCGCACUUGGUCGCAAGUUCCAUCGCAUCUCACUUGGUGGUGUGCGCGAUGAGGCAGAGAUCCGCGGCCACCGUAGGACCUAUGUCGCUGCUAUGCCUGGUCUCAUCGUCAGCGGACUGAAGAAGGUCGGCGUUGCAAACCCAGUCUUCCUGCUCGACGAAAUCGACAAGCUAGGCAUGUCGAACCACAAUGGCGACCCCGGUGCAGCCAUGCUCGAGGUGCUCGAUCCAGAGCAGAACCAUACCUUCACAGACCACUACGUUAACAUUCCUAUUGACCUUUCCAAGGUGCUCUUCAUCGCCACCGCCAACUCGCUCGAUACCAUUCCCCCACCGCUCCUCGAUCGUAUGGAAACCAUCCAGCUCUCCGGUUACACUACACUCGAGAAGAGGCACAUCGCAUCAAGACAUUUGAUCCCGAAGCAGAUCACCAGCAAUGGUCUCCACCAUGAGAACCUCAACAUCCCGACCGACGUGCUCGACAAGAUCAUUACAUCCUACACACGCGAGUCCGGUGUGCGAAAUCUCGAACGCGAGAUCGGCUCCGUCUGUCGUUCCAAAGCCGUCGAAUACGCCACGGCGAAAGACACAAAUACUCUCGCCGCGUACUCCCCUGUUGUCACAUUGGAAGAUCUCGAUACCACGCUCGGCAUCGAGAAGUUCGCCGAAGAGCUCACUGAGCAAUCUUCACGUCCAGGUGUCAUCACAGGGCUAGUCGCAUAUAGCACCGGCGGCCAAGGCUCCAUUCUGUUCAUCGAGAUUGCAGAUAUGCCCGGCUCAGGCCGCGUUCAGCUCACCGGCAAGCUGGGCGACGUACUCAAGGAGAGUGUAGAGGUAGCUUUGACUUGGGUCAAGGCUCAUGCAUUUGAUCUCGGUCUGAGUGCAAGCCACGACGAAGACAUUAUGAAGAGUCGUAGCAUCCACGUCCACUGCCCUUCUGGUGCUAUUCCUAAAGACGGUCCCAGUGCCGGUCUUGCGCACACCAUCGGCCUCAUCUCCCUCUUCUCUAACCAGCCUGUUCCGCCUACACUGGCCAUGACUGGUGAAAUCUCUCUUCGCGGAAGGGUACUGCCUGUCGGUGGUAUCAAAGAGAAGCUGAUUGGAGCGCUGAGGGCAGGCGUCGAAAGAGUGCUCCUACCCGAGGGCAACAGAAAGGAUGCAAGGGAUCUACCGUUGGAAGUUACCCAGGGUCUCAAGAUUGAGUUUGUAGGCCACAUCUGGGAGGCCUUGGGCAAGGUUUGGCCCGAGAGAUGGGAGGGCGAAGACGGAAGGAGGGGAUGGGAGAGCAGAUUGUAG